CCCCAAAUAUGUUUGGGUCUCCCAAGAAAGCUGGGACUGGCGGUAACGAGCAAGUAAAUAACUUGAAAAAGAACCGUUCAAUGCCCCAAGGAACCAACCAACAUAAUUUCCAGGGGGUGAUUUUGUUUUUAGAAGAGCUGCUCCCCUCUGUUAGGCCCAGCCAAGUCACAUUUUUGGACGUCCGUGGGCUCUGAUCACCACAGCCCUCCUUUUCCGAGAGCCUACCUUACUCUCUCAAGUGCAUUACCUUGUUUUUUCUCUUGCUGGUUGUCACCUUAUCCCUGAAAGAAUGAACAGCUUGUAUCAGUUUUUAGCAGCUUAAAAUAUGACCUAUCAGGAAUAUUUGCAAGUGAAAAUAACAAUGGUCCUUACACUACCACAACAUUUGGUGGUGGGAGUUCCGUUGCAGGUCUCAGCUAUAACAUAGUCAUUUAUGAGGGAUCUUACAAAUAGUGUGUAAUGGUAUUUAUAUUUGUGAGUGUUGCACUUUUUCCAUAGAUUUAGAGCGGCUUUCAGGUUUAUUUCAGUAAUAAUGUCCUUCUCACAUUACAUUGUGAAGUGUUUACUUGAGUCAGGGAGAGAGUUUAACGGGGUUAUCUGUUGGGGUGCCAUGAAUGCUGAUGAUGGCCUGCAGAGUGUGAACAUCAGCCCCAUUGCUACAGGGGUGGACAGGUGGAAAACCUCAGACUUGACAAACCACCUCUGCUAGAUGUGUCUUGGGAAUCUAGAAAUUACAGUGAAUAUUUUAUGGAAUAUCAGUGAGCAGACAGCAUUUCCCACUUUCCUAUCUUACCUUGAGGGUAAGACUUAAAGGUAUAUAUGUAUUUGUAAUUUGAAACCUGGAUUCUUCAUUGUUUGAUGUAUGCAGUAUGAUGUAACAAACUAUAGAAAUGAUCCCUGAAAGUAUAGUCUUUGAUGUAUGGAGUAUGAUGUAAGGCACAUUUUAUAUCUGAGUCAGUGGUUUCCCUUGGAGUCAUUCUACUUGAUUGAACCCAUUUAAGUCAUUUUAGAAAAUGGUGGUUUGCUAUUAAAAUUAAUUGGAGAGAAUACUUGGUCAUUCUAUUAGGAAAAAGAGACUGAUGGAGCAUGGUGUUUUAUGGAUUCUGUUACAGGGCUUAUUCCUCCUUGAAUAAUGUAUUUAAAAAAUUAUUGUCCAUUCGAUUACAUUUUUUUUAUUUUCCUACAAGGCAAGCUCCGUUUUAGUCCUGUAGGUCAGCCUUUGUCACAAACUCUUUUGAACUAAGAUUUGCCUAGUUGAAUAAAUAAGGUCCAUUUGUGUCUACACUGCACUAUGAGACCAGGAGAAAAAUCAUCUAAGAAGUCAUUCACUCUUGCUAAAAAUUGAACUAAACAUAAAUUUUAUAUGAUUCAUUUGUUCAGCAAUCAUAAGUGCUGUGUAUAACUAUAUAUUUUUGGAUAAUUUCUUAGGGUUCAGCUUAAAAAUAUAAUUUGCUUACUGCAACUAAAUUUUAUCUACUAUGGUUAAAUCUUUGUGGUUUUAAAAGAUAAUUUUCACUAAAUCACGCAGAUUUUGCUCUGCAAAUGCUGGCUGAACAAAGUAUUGAGCUAAUAAAGAGAAUUAAUAAUUUUCUACUAUCUAAAUACUCUUAAAAAUCAGUGAAUUUGGAAUGUUUUUCAUUUAUGUCAUAGAUCCUGAUCCUGGGCACCUGUGGAGUUAGUAUCUCUCCGGUCAAGAGAUUUUUCAGGCCUCAGACUUCUAAUGGUGAGGGUUAAGUAGAAGAAUUUGGCGAGGAUUACCCGUCGGUUCUUGUCCAGCUUGCUUUUUGAAACACACAUUCCCCUGAUAUGAAUAAUUUACAUUUCAAGCCCUACGAGGGACAGAGGGCCGCGUUGCUCCCUCUUGGGAGCAGCAGUGCUAAAAUCAAAGCAGGCAGCUGCGGGACCGCUAUAGCCGGCCCUGCGCUCGGGCCCUUCCCGGGCAGGAAACGCGUCGCUAUCCCCGGCUGCGCCCAGGCCGGCGGGCCCAGCAGCUGCGAACCGCCGGCGCACCACCUGUUUCCGCGCCCGGGGACUUCCCCGGCAGGGCUCAGAAGUGUGGGGUCGGUCGCUUGGCUUCCCCUGGCGUCAGCGACCCAGGGUAACCUCCUCCACUGCUGCGUGCCGUGCAGGCCUGCCUGUGUGAGAGCCACGUGUGCCGCGCUCUGGGCACAGCCUUGGAAAGUCAGGACCGCGACGGCAGCAGAGCAGAAACCUUACAGAAACAUGAAGCCCUCAACCAUCUGCUACUCAGUUAUUCGGGGCUGACGGCGGCUUCUAGAACAUCCAGGUGUUCUGCAGAUGCGAGAACUCAUCCUGUAGUCACCAGAUGGAGUCCCAAACAGCCAAACAGAUACAAGGCCUGUGCUGUGGCUCUGAGGCCCUGAAUACAGAAGGGUCACUUUCUUAGUGGCCAAAGAGCAGUUGUUGACAUUGAUGUCUAAUUAUUGAACACAACCAGUCAUUUUACUGAGCUGCGGUGAGGAAACACUGACCAUAGAAGAUCAAGCCAAAUUAGGGAUUGCAAAUUUCCUGAUUCUUUUGAAUUAGGAUUCCAGAUGGGGGCCUCAUUUCUAUAGCCCCCAACAUUCCUAUAGCCAUUAUCACUGCCAUCACCACUGCCACCAGCAUCUUCUUGCAGACUCCACCCCUGAUCCCCAGAGACUUCCUGCUUUGAAAGUGAGCAGAAAGGAAGCUCUCAGAAAAAUCUCUAGUGGUGGCUGCCGUCGCUCCAGACAAUCGGAAUCCUGCCUUAACCACCAUGGGCUGGCUUUUUCUAAAGGUUUUGUUGGCGGGAGUGAGUUUCUCAGGAUUUCUUUAUCCUCUUGUGGAUUUUUGCAUCAGUGGGAAAACAAGAGGACAGAAGCCAAACUUUGUGAUUAUUUUGGCCGAUGACAUGGGGUGGGGUGACCUGGGAGCAAACUGGGCAGAAACAAAGGACACUGCCAACCUUGAUAAGAUGGCUUCGGAGGGAAUGAGGUUUGUGGAUUUCCAUGCAGCUGCCUCCACCUGCUCACCCUCCCGGGCUUCCUUGCUCACCGGCCGGCUUGGCCUUCGCAAUGGAGUCACACGCAACUUUGCAGUCACCUCUGUGGGAGGCCUUCCGCUCAACGAGACCACCUUGGCAGAGGUGCUGCAGCAGGCGGGUUACGUCACUGGGAUAAUAGGCAAAUGGCAUCUUGGACACCACGGCUCUUAUCACCCCAACUUCCGUGGUUUUGAUUACUACUUUGGAAUCCCAUAUAGCCAUGAUAUGGGCUGUACUGAUACUCCAGGCUACAACCACCCUCCUUGUCCAGCGUGUCCACAGGGUGAUGGACCAUCAAGGAACCUUCAAAGAGACUGUUACACUGACGUGGCCCUCCCUCUUUAUGAAAACCUCAACAUUGUGGAGCAGCCGGUGAACUUGAGCAGCCUUGCCCAGAAGUAUGCUGAGAAAGCAACCCAGUUCAUCCAGCGUGCAAGCACCAGCGGGAGGCCCUUCCUGCUCUAUGUGGCACUGGCCCACAUGCACGUGCCCUUACCCGUGACUCAGCUACCAGCAGCGCCACGGGGCAGAAGCCUGUAUGGUGCAGGGCUCCAGGAGAUGGACAGUCUGGUGGGCCAGAUCAAGGACAAAGUUGACCACACAGUGAAGGAAAACACAUUCCUCUGGUUUACAGGAGACAAUGGCCCGUGGGCUCAGAAGUGUGAGCUAGCGGGCAGUGUGGGUCCCUUCACUGGAUUAUGGCAAACUCGUCAAGGGGGAAGUCCAGCCAAGCAGACGACCUGGGAAGGAGGGCACCGGGUCCCAGCACUGGCUUAUUGGCCUGGCAGAGUUCCAGUUAAUGUCACCAGCACUGCCUUGUUAAGUGUGCUGGACAUUUUUCCGACUGUGGUAGCCCUGGCCCAGGCCAGCUUACCUCAAGGACGGCGCUUUGAUGGUGUGGACGUCUCCGAGGUGCUCUUUGGCCGGUCACAGCCUGGGCACAGGGUGCUGUUCCACCCCAACAGCGGGGCAGCUGGAGAGUUUGGAGCCCUGCAGACUGUCCGCCUGGAGCGUUACAAGGCCUUCUACAUUACCGCUGGAAAAGAAGUGCCUGCUCUCAACUCAAGAACCAAUGGCAUCAUCAGUGGAAUUCAAAGGAAGUCCCAUGAUUCUAAAUGAUUCUCAUCUUGGUAUUUAAAGUAUUGCAUGUCAAACUUUAGGUAAGUUAACAGUGAUUUAUAAAAUGCAGUUCCCUCUGAGUUGAUUAAUGUCUCAGGUUACGCUUUCUGAUUUUCAAAAAUAGAAAGACAUCUUCUUUGUACAGCAAAUGCCCUAUGCUCUUACAAAAGGGAAGCAUUUAUACCACUUUUAUUAGCAUUUUCAAGCAAGAAAGAGGUCUUGCUGGGGAAGAAACCAUGAACUGUUCAAUGAUCUGCAUUGCUGUGUGGUAUAGAACACUCCCUCCAUAUCCCAUAAAAGGUGGUCAGCUCUGUGACCACCUCGUCCAUACUGGGAGGUCUGCAGUUGGCAGGACUUUCAUGGAGAUUUCCACCCUUGACUGCUCAGAGCAGACUGCUAUGCUAGCAGGAAAUUAACUUCGAGCCCCUGUCUGGCCAAGCUCUUUAAAGGAAACAGCGUGCAAUCUCUGACACAACAGGAAUGGGCAUGACACAAACAGACAGAAAGAAGGAAAUUUACAGCUGCAUUAGAUACCAAGUGUGAGGGAACAGGCGAACUCUGUAUAGCUAAUUUACUUGUAGUUUAUGAAGUCAAAAUGCAUUCAGGAUUUGUGUGCUGAAGACAAUUAGAUGAGUGAUUGUGUCUUCCUUCCGUACCCAGCAAGGAUUUAUAAAAUCAACAGUCACAGUUUCCAUCUUAUUUCUUUGUUCAGAAAAUAAACUAGAGGAUGAGAACAGAUAAGGUGACUCCUGGCCUCUGGGGAGUGUAUAUUCAUGAUUUUGGUAGGGCGGAGUCCUCUGAAGGUUCCCAAGUGAGGACCUGGUCGUGUCACUGAAGCACAGCUCUGACCUGUGCAAGGCUGUCCUAUGGGACAGAGAGGGCUGCGGAGUGAGUCUGACUGCCCGCAUGGACAGGGCGGACCCACCUUUGCCCACCCAGGCCACAACCUCAGGUAACACUCUCCGUGGCAACUCUGGGGGCUAAAAAUGAUCAUCUCCAUUUUACUGCAGUAGAAAGGGAGCUCAGGAGAAGUUGAGGUGAUAAUUAUAAAUGUGAGCAUUUAAAACACCUUGGGCUGUAUCUCCAAAGAACAUCAGAGGUCUAAAAAGACACAGUUUGCUCCUGGUCUUUCAGAAGAAAUACUCAACCUAUCCCUGGAUCCUUUCAUAAGGAGGCAUUCUUUUAUCUGAGACAGAGGAAGUCUCUGCUAUUGUUUCUAAUUUUUCUUGAGAUAAAAUCGAUUCCCUUUACAAACAAUAUACACUGUCUCUAACAGGGAACACAAAUAGCCCUGCACUUUUAAACCUUAUUUUCUCUCUGUUUAAGCUGCAGAAAGUAAGGCAACCAGUGAGUUUUCUGAACUACAGAAAAACAACUAUAUUUGCUAAAAAAUAAGAGUAAAUGGUGGCUAAGUAUGCUGGCUCAUGCCUAUAAUUCCAGCACUUUGGGAGGCCAAGGCAGGCGGAUCACUUGAGGACAGGAGUUCAAGACCAGCCUGGCCAACAUGGUGAAAUCCUAUCUCUACUAAAAAUACAAAAAAUUAGCUGGGUGUGGUGGUAGGCACCUGUAGUCCCAGCUACUCAGGAGGCUGAGGCAUGAGAAUCGCUUGAAUCCGGGAGGCGAAGGUUGCAGUGAGCUGAGAUUGCACCACCUCACUCCAGCCUGGGCAACAGAGUGAGACUGUGUCUCAAAAAAAAAAAAAAAAAAAAAAAAGGAGAAACAUCUGUUUGCAAGGGAGGGUGCUCAGUCCUGAAGCAACCCUGUCCUCUGGGGGUCAAGUGUGCAACAGGUGUGAGGAGUAAGUGGCAUUUACUGUCCCUCCCCUCUCUUCAGAGAAACUGAGAGCCACAGGCAGCUUCUAGCUUUCUGCAUGCCCGAUGUCCCUCCCCAAAUCCCUGAAGGCUCAGCUCAGGCCCUGCCAGCCUCAAGCUCUAUGCAGAUUCAGGGGCCUCUCAUUCCUGAUCAGAAGAGCACAUGCUCCCUUCAACUGUGUCCGCACCCCAGAGUUAAACAUGGUUCCACCCCUGACAAAGGCUGCUGGUGCACCUGUCUCAGACCACCUCAGACAGACUGUUGAAGGGAACUCGUGACAACUAGAUUUUGGGCUCCUGGUAUGAAGUUGCCUAAUGGUGCCUACUAUGGUGCCAAGCACAAAGAAUGUCUGCAAUAGAUACUUGUCCAGAUGAUUUCAGCCUCUCAUUUCUAAGGGAAAAACUUACCACCCACAGAUUCUUCACGUACCGUCUUCCAUUUCAGAAAAUAUGCUUCAAAGUCAUUAUCUCACAGAACUCCCUAACAGCCUCAAUGGCUUUGUUCUUUUAUUUAUUUAUUUAUUUUUAAUUUAUUCAUUGUUUUUUGAGACAGAGUCUCCAUCUGUUGCCCAGGCUGGAGUGCAGUGGUGCGAUCUCAGCUCACUGAAGCCUCCGCCUCCUGGGUUCAAGUAAUUUUCCUGUCUCAGCCUCCCAAGUAGCUGGGAUUACAGGCAUCCGCCACCAUGCCCAGCUAAUUUUUGUAUUUUUUUGGUAGAGAUGGGGUUUCUUCAUGUUGGUCAGGCUGGUCUUGAAUUCCUAACCUCAGGUAAUCCACCCGCCUCGGCCUCCCAAUGUGCUGCGAUUAUAGGCGUGAGCCACCGCACCCAGCUAGCUUUGUUCUUUUAAAAUAUCCUUUUGCCAUGGCUGAAAUGUGAAAGCACCAAAAUCAACAGCCAAGGGCCAUUUAUAGAAUUGGAAUGAAGAGAAGGCAUCAGAAGUAUUUCAUGCAUGGCAGUUCCUGUGCUGGUCACUUUCACAAACAUUACCUUGUUUAAUUCUCAGCCAACCCUGGGAGAUGGGUAUUAUUCAUAAGGGAACCAAGGUUCAAAAAGUCUAGGUGACUUGGAUGGCACCCAGAUAGAUCUUGAAAUUCAGUGAAAGCCAAAUAACUCAGAAACAGCAAAUAGAAGCAGUUGUUCAAUUAUACUAAACUGAAAUAUAAUAGAAGCAGUUGUUCAAUGAUACCAAACUGAAAUAUAAUCUGCAAAUAUUAAUCUGGAGUCAUUAAAUGUACAAGUUGUUCCAGUGUGCUGACUCCUCACCCCACCACACAACGAAGGAAUUCUUUCUUGUUUACUCCUAGCUUGAUGAAUUCAUAUAAUGUCAUCUGCUAUUUCAAUAUAACAAAUCCAAACCAUUCCUCUUCUUAUACACCAGGAAUGUAUUAAAUAGUGUUAAAUCCCGAGAAUUCAGUAAGGUUUAAUAUCCUAGCAUAUCGUCGAAGUAGAGAGAUUUCUUUGUCAUGUAAUAAAACAUAUUCUUUAUGGUUCAGAUUGUCUUUUUGCUGGCCAUGCAGACACGCCAAGUUGAAACCUGCUUCUAAUUAUCACACCUACUCUGUACUGAACGAACCACAAAAAACAAUUAGGGGUAAACACUUUUCAACAUCAGAUGCUUGAAAUCUUUUACAUGUCUACCUUACGUGCCUUGACACAUUUGCUGAUAUGGGUCCCAGACAAAGGGUGUUGUUAUUCUUGGACUGCAAUGAAGGGCACACAGCCCCCCUGCAGGACACACAGCCUGACAUAAUUUGAAUCUGCCACCAUUAAGACAAAGCUUCGAGAUAAACCUCACUAAGACUCAAAAAGCAAACACUGCUUCACGUUCGCAAUUUGGAGGAAAAUAAAGCUUGGGAAAGAAGCACCAGGACAUGAAAUUUGAGGGACAUUUAUUCCAUUUUUGGAGCUCACCUGU